GUAUGUGAUAUAUCUUUUUUUCAUUCAGCCACUCCAUCUACACUUCUCCAUGGGUUUGUGAUUGGAGUGAUGUGUCUCAGGAUGGCGAUAUAUUUCUACUUGCGCAAACUUAAUCAUCUACCUAGCCUAGGUAGGUAGUUCCAAUUGAAUUCGACUUCCGCUAUUGGAAUUUCCUAUCCCGCUGCUAUCCCGUUUUGCACAUUGACCAUUUCUGUUCUGGGCGCGGCCUGCAUCACUUAUUAUGGGAUAUAGAUAUACUUGAGCUUCUUCCAUCUACUGCAUGGACAAAAAGGUCGUCGGAGAUUCAAACUCUUAGACCUACUCACUCGGACCAGAAGAUAUCUACCCGGAUUGAUAACAUCGCCACUUUGGUAGAGAAAGAGAACUAAGAUGGAAUCUCCGUUGGCAUCAUCUUCAUCAUCCAAGAUGGCGCGUGAUGGGCCUCUUGACAUCGAGAAGACAAAGUCUAAACCAGAGACUACCGAUCCAAAUGCUCUCGAACUUGUCCAAAGCAAAAUCGAACAUUUCAAUUCACGUCCCCGAGAGAUUAUUUUCAUCGCACUAAUAUGUAUGGCUCAACUUAUGACGCAAGCUGCAUUGGGACAAGCCAUUGCCCCUCUACAUAUUAUCGGAUCUAGUUUUGGGAUAUCAAAUCCUGGACAGUUGAGUAUGUUCCUGCAUCUCGUGUUUGAUAUUUAAAUAAUCGCUAACAUCAGUGGUGAAGGUUGGUUUGCUGCUGCAUACUCGUUGACCGUCGGUACAUUCAUUCUUAUCGCUGGACGCCUGGGAGAUCUUUACGGCCACAAAAUCCUUUUCGUCAGCGGUUUCUUUUGGUUCGGACUUUGGUCUCUCCUUGCCGGUUUCAGCGCCUAUUCGGAUCCAAUAUUUUUCGAUGUUACUCGUGCUCUCCAGGGGAUUGGACCAGCUUUCCUACUACCAAAUGCGCUUGCGAUUCUUGCCCGCAUAUAUGAGCCUGGAAGGAAGAAGGAAAUGAUUUUUAGUCUCUUUGGUGCCACAGCCCCAACAGGCUUCACUCUAGGUGCAACAUUCUCGAGUAUAUUUGCGGAAUUUGUUUGGUGGCCUUGGGCUUACUGGGUGGCUGCUAUGGUUUGUGUUUUACUCGCUGUAGUAGGCAUUAUCAUCAUUCCUCAGACGCCUCCUCCACAUUUCGAUGGUUCGGUGAGUAUGUUCAAACGGGCUGAUGGUGCUGGAGCUUUGGCUGGAGUUGCUGGAUUGGUUCUGGUUAAUUUUGCCUGGAACCAAGGACCGGUUGUUGGUUGGUCUACCGUUUAUGUCUAUGUUGUUCUCAUUAUUGGGGCUCUCGUACUUGGGAUUUUCGCCUUCAUUGAAUCUCGUGCGACAUACCCGCUGGUACCUUUUGAUGCCUUCAAUUCUCACACUGGUUACACACUAGCGUGCAUUGCCGGUGGAUGGUCUAGCUUCGGUAUAUGGGUCUUUUACUUUUGGCAAAUAUUGGAGGAGAUGAGGGGAGUUGGUCCACUUCUUGGCACGGCAAUGAUCUCACCUACAACAAUCAGUGGAUUAUGUGCAUCAUUGACAACAGGGUAUAUUCUUAGCAAGGUUCCAGCUAGUACAGUCAUGAUGAUUGCUAUGACUGGUUUUCUUCUUGGAUCAAUUUUGAUGGCUACGGUUCCUAUCAAUCAAACAUACUGGGCACAAACUUUUGUUUCCACGAUUGUUACUCCUUGGGGAAUGUAAGUGAAACCAUUAUUACCUGGAACGUUUAGAUGCUAAUGAAAUUAGGGAUAUGUCAUUCCCAGCAGCAACAAUCCUGCUCAGUGAUUCCAUGCACAAAGAUCAUCAAGGUCUUGCAGCCUCACUCGUCAACACCGUCGUCAAUUAUUCCAUCUCGAUUGGCUUAGGUAUUGCAGGAACUGUUGAAGUCCAAAUCAAUAAUGGUGGAAAGAAUAAGCAAGAUCUUUUGAAAGGAUAUCGUGGAGCUCAGUAUAUAGGGAUUGGACUUGCGGGAUUGGGAUUGGGUAGUUCGAUUUUGUUUGCAUUAUCGGAAAGGACGAAGAGGGCCAAGGAUAGAAAGGAGGCGGGGCAUAUAGAGGGAGUUUGAUUCGUUUGAACAGUUGACAUUUGCGUAUAGAUACCCUAGAAGUUCGUCGCUAUAAUUGCUUGAGCAAUAUUUGAUAGAAAUUAUCCGAGGGGAAAAGGAAGAGAGAGAGAAAUGAGAAAUGAGAAAUGAGAAAUGCGAAAUGAGAAAUGAGAAAUGGGAAAUUAUAUAAUUAUUUGUCAUUUGCAAACAUUUUUGAUGAU